AAAAAAAAAAAAAAAAAAAACAAGUUAUUGCCGCCAAAAUAACAAGAACAUCAGUAUUCACCGUAAAAAAUAAGAAUAUCAUACUCUUCCUCAACAAAAAAAAAAAAAAAGUUUAGAACCUCAAAGCAAGCCAGCCAUCACCGUCAUCUUCCUCUACUGCUGUUGCACCACCACCACUUCACCUAGGAAACUAUAGCUAAAUUUGCUACACCAUGUAUCAUGAUGAUACCAUCAACAAGAGUCCUUGUGACGAUCCAGGGAGCAGGUACAACAACAUACAUAUAUUGGCGCCAAAAUUUAUUGCAGGAAUAUGAAUUGCAAAAGGGCUUGGAUAUUAGACGAAUAUAAUUAUUUAUGUUUUUUUUUUUAAAAAAAAGCGACCUCAGAGAGACCACCUAUGUUAAAUAAAUGGUCUCAUUAUUUAAAAAAGAAAGACCACUCAUUUAAAAUAGGUGGUCUCAGUAUUUAAAUCCAGAGACCACCUAUUUAAAACAUUUGGUCUCUUAUCCCUCUAUAUUAAUUUUUAUUAAACUAAAAAAAGAGACCAUCAAUUUAGCUAGGUGGUCUAAGGUAUUGUAAAGUUAGACCACUUUUAGUAUUGUGGUCUCUUUGGCCAAAGAGACUUGUGAGCUAGAGACCACGCCUAAGGUAAUCUUUUUGUCCAUUUUGAUAUGGUCUCUUUGGCCAUUUUUGUAGUAGUGGAAAUUGCAUAAAACUUGGAGAACUGAGUUCGAUGCUAAGGCUAGGAGAGAAUUUGACAAAAAAGCUGGGGACCGACUUGGGGGCACAUUGAACCAAGUUUACAAAAUGCCUCUCCAUAAGGAAGUUAGUUUCAUGACUGACACUGUUCGAGCUGAAUUCAUAAAUAAGCGUAAGCAUCCUGAUUUUCUGAAACGUUCUAACCAAGCAAGAGAUAAUCGGUUAUCUGGCCAAACAUUAGAGAAGUUUGACCCUGGCCAUCGCCAAGGUAGCAUAUCUACUCCUCAAGUGGUUAAAAAAAUGGCAAAGAAAAAGGAUGGAAUUUUACCAACUGCUGCUGAAGUUUAUGAGAGCACUCAUUCUGUUUGUGUGGGCAAUGAUGAAGUUGAAUUGAUGGGUGACAAGUCUCAAAAAGUCAUGGGAGAAUAUAUGGAAAAACUUGAGGAAUAUAAGAACAAAGGAAUUGAGAUAAACCCCGACAAAGUCUAUUUGGAGGUUGUAGGUGGGCAAAAGAAAGGAAAAGUCUACGGUUUAGGGAGUGCUUCACAAAUGUAUUACAAGAGUGAUCCUACUUCUCAAUCUACUGCAUCAUCUUCCACUCCUUCCAUGAUUUCUCAAUUAAGUUCUCAAGUUGACGAACUAAAGAAGAUGGCGGAAGAAAACCAUAACAAGGUAGAAGGAAGCCAAAAAAUAGCGGCAGAGAGCUUAAAAUGUGCUAAGGAAUUCGUCGAAAAUCAUGAGAUCGAAAAAGCUACAUGGAAGAAGGAAAAAUUAGCUAUGCAAAAAACAUUGCAGGAAAUGGCAUCACUUGUAAAACAAGUUUACCGUCCUUAUAAGCCUCCUACGCCUGCAGUCACCCGCUCUCGUGAUACAACUAAGUGAUUUUUAUUUUCUUGGUGGUAAUUUUAUGAACAACUGGUCUUUUACAUUGUCAUUAAUUCUUGUUUGAAGUAGCUUUUUUUUAUAUGGGAGGUGACUUUUGGAACAAUUAGUCUUAUGAGUUAAAUAUUGUUUUUUAAUACAUUGAUACAAAAUUGAUUGAUAUUUUGGAUAUUUAUUUGA